AUGUCACAGCUUGCCACUACUAUAGAGCCUCUAUGUACCGUUAAUGGAUCGCAAAGUUUUGAAGUCAAGAUCACUAAAGAUGGCUCAAAAUAUCAUGCUUUUAAACUGGUUGCAAAAGAGGUAAAGGAUGACAAACCAUGCUCCCCGCCACAUUAUGAAAAUGUCGUUGUUAUAGACUCAGUGUCUUCAGGUACCGGUAGAAACAAGAAUAAUCACUUUUAUAAUAUAGUGAUAAAACCAAUUUUUGAUAUUUUCAAGAUCCAGCAUCAUUAUUUCAAGACUACUGGCCCUAAGUCUAUUUCUACUUAUGCAAAAUCUUUAGACCUAUCAAAAUCUUACACCGUAAUAUUCAUAUCUGGUGAUACAAGUAUUUCUGAGUUUAUAAAUAAUUUGCCCCCCUUAUUGGAAACUUCCAAUGGACUCAAACACACCAUAUCUAUACUUCCUUUACCCAUGGGAACAGGAAAUGCUUUUUCCAGCUCAAUUGGUCAUAAAUGCCCCAUACAGACCUUAUCAAGUUUUUUACAUAACCGUACGCAACCGAGCCAUUUCCCACUAUACGAAGUAAUUUUCCCAAAUGGUAAAACUGUAAUAUUCUUCAUCAUACUAUCACUAGGUCUUCAUGCAAAUGUACUCCAUCUAUGUGAAAAUGAUCCUCAAUAUAAAAAAUAUGGUGAAGAAAGGUUCAAAUUGGCUUUCGAGAAAGUAAUGACAACUUACGAUCUAAAUGUUCGUUUACAAAUACCCGAACUUGAUCUCUCUGGCGCUUUUUCAUACUUCAUUCUCAUUAAUACACCUAAUUUGGAAUCCUCCUAUAUACCAUCCCCAUUAUCGGAUCCAUUUUUGGAACAGCUGCAUGUCCUGGGUUAUUCAAGUUCUCUCAACAAUGAGGACCUGUUGAACUAUGUUACACAGGGCUAUAGCAAUAAAUUGGGUGAUGAAUUAGUCGAAUCUUCAAAUAUGGUUUACAAACCUAUUAGUAGAAAUGUAAGCAUUGUACUAACUGAGGAUGAAGAGUCGGAAAAGUACAAGUAUGACAUUUGCUGUGAUGGCUUAUUAUUCAACCUCAGAGAUAUGCUGCCUGAAAAUCCCACUAAAGAAGAUUAUGUACUAAAAACAAACUUCAAGAGUAGAGACAGUUUACCCUUCGAAGUGCAGGUUUUAAAAUAA